UUCCCACUAGUAAACACACGUACGAUAUAAUUUUUGGAUAUGAACGGCAGACAGUCGACCACGUUAAACGUUGAGGAAAUUACAAACGAUAAGGAUGUUGUAUUUUCGCCACAACUGAACUCUGCAAUAGAAGAAGACGAAAUGGAUGUCCUUGCGAGUUCAAUGAGCGCAGACGAGGAAUCACUGUUUGUUGCGGUUCGAAGCGGCAACAAAGAAGCAGUUCAAAAUUUGCUCAGUACCAAACGCGUUGAUGUCAAUUGCCGAAAUGCAAACGGUGAAACUGCUCUACAAACAGCAGUCGAGGAACAAGAUCUCGACAUCAUGCAAAUACUUCUCAAAAACAAUGCUGAGAUCGGUUCGGCUUUGUUUCAAGCUGUCAGGAACAAUUCCUUGCAGUGUGUGAGAAUUUUGGUGGCUUACGACAAAAGUCGUAAAAGCUUCGGUGCGAAGUCGCUCGAAAAGUUUUCUACCAAAGGAACGGGUAGAACUUUAGGGCGGUUUGACGAAUUUCUGACCCCACUCGGCUUGGCUGUGUUAAACGGAAGCUACGAAAUUGUCGAAUUCCUUGUUAGUAAAGGCUACAAAGUUGAACAUCCGCUCACCCGCAAAAGCCAAGAUUUCGCCAAACAAUUCGAGGAGGAAUCAAUGAUCAGGCUUAAAAAUUCUGUUGUGAAAUUAAACACUUACCGUGCAUUGGCGAGCCCUUUGUAUAUAUCACAAUUGUUCUUACACGAAAGCAAAAAUUUGAGUACAAGGAAUACGGAAUAUUCAGCCAGUGAUCCAUUGUUUCGAUCUAUCGUUUUGAAGAAGAAACUGAAAAAGCUUUCUUUUCGUGAAGGCGAGUUUCGAGAUGAUUAUCGAGCUCUCUCCGCUCAGUGUGAGAAUUUUGCAAUUCGGUUAUUGGACGAAUGCAGAAAUCUCGAAGAAAUCGCCGCCGUCAUGGACAUGCCGGAACUGGACAAAAUGGAAGACGACGCGUAUCUGAGGAAUAAGGAACACCAACUGCGUGUGCUCAACCUCGCCAUAAAAUACCAGAAUAUAAAGUUCAUAGCUCACCCUUACAGCCAAGUGAUGCUCAAUUCAGUGGUAUAUAAGGGUACAUCUGGAUGGCAGCAAAUGCGUUUUCCUGUCAAACUCUUCCUGGCGAUGUUGUACACUCUUUUUAUGCCGCUAUGCAUGCUGGUGUAUAUGCUCACUCCGAUCAACCCUCUUACCAAGAAGUUAGAGAUACCCUUGAUCAAGCUAAUGAGCCAGGCCUCCUCUGUUGUCUGGUUCCUAGCUUUGAUAACACUGUCUGCCUUCCAAGAUUAUUAUGACUUGUCCUUACGAUUGUCGCCAUUGAAUGUAAUUAUUGGCAUCUGGGUGAUCGGAAUGACAGUUCAAGAAAUCAAACAAGCUCUUCAUCAAGGAAAAGAGCGAUAUUUUUCAGAAUGGUGGCACCUGGCUGUAAUACCCAUGAUCAUCUGCUACAUCAUAGCCGCUGUUCUGUGGAUUGUGGGCUACGCAUAUAUAGCCUCGGGUUCGGGUGAAUGGACCGUGCAUGUCCGGGAGCUACUGGGUUCCACAUCCCUUACCCCAUACCACCUGUUGCUGUUAUCCAACAGUUUCUACUCCUUUGCAGUAGUGUUGACUUUCUUCGAAGCAUCUCACACUCUACAAGUGAACUCCACCCUAGGGCCGCUGCAUUUGUCGCUUAUGAAUAUGGGCAAAGAUAUCAUGAAGUUUUUCUUCCUUUUUGCUCUCAAUGUAUGUUCGUUUGCCCUUGCGAUGAGAAAACUGUACUCACAGUACGUGCAGUCGACAGCAGCACAUACUAAUAUGGGAAACAACAGCACCACAACCCAUGCUUUUGAAAGAAUCGAAGGAGUAUUAAGUACUUUAUUCUGGGCCCUGUUCGGACAUGCGGAUAAGUCAACCUUUGACACGAAUAAAAACGCUGAGAUCACCGAAAUCACUGGACACUUGCUAUUCGCCACUUACAGUCUCGCUUCCGUGCUAGUUGCAAUGAACCUCCUCAUUGCGAUGCUCAGUAAUACUUUCAAGAAGGUUUCUGAGGAGAAGGAUAUGAAAUUCAAGUUUGCUCGUACCCGUGUUUGGAUGUAUUACGUCAGUAGGAUCAGUCCUCUGGCUCCCCCGUUUAACUUGUUUCCGGUAGGAAAGAUCGCUUUAGGAAUCCGCCGGCUCGUUACACGGUGCAGCUCAAUGGGAGAAUGUCUCGUCUGCAAUGAGAAGCAAGAAUCGUCUCCAAAAACCAAGACAAAUGAGAAGAGA